AUGCAGGUAUGGCGGCGGACUUUCGCCACGUCUGUCGCAAGACUUGGGUCUAGCUCAAAGACCAAUGUACGUCCCGCACUUCUGCGAUGUGCGCAGAUCCUCCAGGCUAGCAAGGAGGAGGGAAGCUGCAGCUUGGAAGACCAGGAAGUCACAGUGAAUGGAUUCAUUAGAUCCGUUCGAAAGCAAAAAAAGUAUGCUUUUGCGGAAAUCUCAGAUGGCUCUACUGUGGAACCAUUGCAGGCCAUCUUGAAGUCGGCACAAGCUGCUGAGCUUUCCACUGGUGCCGCAGUCGAAAUCACAGGAAUAUGGAAAGCAUGUCCACCUGGCAAGGAGCAGACACAUGAGCUUCAGACAACUGAUGUGACUGUUGUCGGAGCAUCGGAUCCUGAGACGUUUCCGAUUCAAAAGAAGUAUCAAACUGUCGAUUACCUCCGACAAAUCCCCCAUCUUCGCAUUCGAACGCCAUUCCAGUCUCUACUUGCCCGAUUUCGCUCCGAAUGUUUAUUCCAGCUAGGCAAUGUCUUCCAUUCAAUGCCUCACGGCGGGUUCACACAAGUUCAGCCUCCAAUAAUCACAUCUUCCGAUUGUGAGGGCGCAGGCGAAACAUUCACGCUCCUCCCGCGGGGCGCUGCCGCGCCUUCAGACACGGAGGCCGAGCAUUUCUUCCGGACACCGAAAUACUUGACCGUAUCGUCGCAAUUACACCUCGAGGCAUAUGCUGCCGAAUUGGGCAAUGUCUGGACAUUGACGCCUGUGUUCCGAGCGGAGAAAAGUGACACUCCGCGUCAUCUCAGCGAGUUCUACAUGCUCGAAGCCGAGGUCAACUUCAUGUAUGACUUGGAUUCGCUCACGGGUUUAGUGGAGAAUACGCUUCGUGACUUGACCCGUCGAUUGUACGAGCGUCCCGUCGGACAGGAGAUUUUGUUAGCAAAGCGGACCGGCGAAUCUGGACAGGAAAGCAGUCCGGGGCAGUCGGUGAAGGAUCUACGUCAAAGAUGGACGGCCCUGAUGGACGGUCCUCCAUGGCAUCGCAUUACAUACACAGAGGCGAUGAAAAAAUUGCAGCAGGCGGUUGUAGAAGACGGUGCCUUAUUUGAGCAUUCUCCGACAUGGGAUGGAGGUCUACAGACCGAACACGAGAAGUACCUUGUCGAGGUGCUGCACCACGGCACUCCAGUCUUCGUCACCAAUUACCCCAAAGCCAUCAAGCCAUUCUACAUGGCACCAUCGCAGGUCGGCGAGAACGAGAUCACAUCAGGAGAGACGGUCGCCUGCUUUGACCUGCUUCUCCCCGAGGUCAGCGAAGUCGCCGGUGGCUCCUUGCGCGAGCAUCGUCUGCCCAAUAUCAUCCAGAACAUGCGCGAGUACGGUCUAAUAAAAAACCGUGCCUCCAUGGAACCCGACGCUCCAGCCCCGACCGAGCCGUUGUACCCUCAUCUGUCCCCGGGUGAGGAUCUGGGCCAUCUCCAAUGGUAUGCUGACCUUCGCCGGUGGGGUUCUGCGCCGCACGGAGGCUUUGGACUUGGAUUUGAUCGGUUCCUGGGCUACCUGUCUGGAGUUUCUAGCGUCCGGGAUGUUGUGCCAUUCCCCCGAUAUUUUGGCCGAGCCGACUGUUGA